CCGAAGAUAAUGCUUAGAUUAACAACUCGGAGAAUACUCAGACGAUCUCACUCAACAUUGUAUAAAGCAAUUCCGAAUAGUCGUCCGCUAUCCACUACACCACAUCUCGGUCCACGCUGGAUUAAUGACAAACCAAGAGCUAGGCUAUCAACCCAAAGGAGAGGCGGCGCACCAGAAUCUAGCGCAUUAGAGAAGAAAGCUGAAUUGUCAGCUGAUGACGCAAAAUCUAAUGAUGCAGCUAGCAGUUCAAACGCUGGUGCCACAAGUGGCGGUAACUCGGGCGGAAACGACAACGAGGAUGACAAUUCAAGCUCUAAUAAAUCUACUUCACUCACAAAGAACACUCCCCCAAGUUAUUUCCCUAGAGUUCUCGCUUUACCGAUAAAUCGCAGACCUUUAUUCCCAGGAUUUUACAAAGCUGUCGUUAUUAAGAACCCACAAGUUGUUUCAGCUAUAAAGGAAAUGAUGCAGCGCGGUCAGCCCUACCUUGGUGCUUUCUUACACAAAGAUCCAGAUAGCGAAUCAGACGUUAUAAAUAGUAUGGAUGAGUGUGAAGACGUCGGUGUAUUUGCUCAAAUUACUUCUGCAUUCCCAACUAGAACGAGUAAAUCUGAUGAUGAUAAAGAGUCUGGUAACAAUAAUAAUAACAAUAACAAUGACCAAGAGGAGAGCUUAACAGCUGUUUUAUAUCCCCACAGAAGAAUCAGAAUUGACGAACUUUAUGCUCCAGGUGUUAAACCACCAAAACCAAGAUUACCAUCAGUUGAAGACGCACGUGACCAACUCCCACAGGAAGUUAAAGAGGCAAGCCCAGAGGAAGAAAAACAACUCGAGGAAGCCCACAAGGAGCGUCGCAAAGCUGAACAAAGUCACCCACUUCAAACUGCAUUCUUGGAACCAUUUAACAUCUCCUUAGUUGAUGUCACGCAUUUAAAGAUCCCACCUGCAACCAAACCACACAGCCAAACUACAAAAGCCUUGAUGUCAGAGUUGAUUAAUGUGUUCAAGGAUAUCGCUCAAUUGAACCCAUUAUUUAGAGAUCAAAUUGCCAACUUUAGCGUAUCACAAUCAGCAUCAAAUAUAUUUGAAGAACCGGACAAGCUUGCUGAUUUCGCAGCUGCGGUUUCUCAAGGUGAAAUCAGUGAAUUACAAGCUGUACUUGAAGCUGAGAACGUUGAAGAUAGACUCGGUAAAGCUCUUGUUGUUCUUAAGAGGGAGCUUAUUAAUGCUCAACUUCAAUCAAAGAUUUCCAGAGAUGUUGAAUCUAAGAUUCAAAAGCGCCAAAGAGAAUUCUACCUCAUGGAGCAACUCAAGGGUAUAAAGAGAGAACUUGGUUUAGAAUCAGAUGGUAAAGAUAAAAUGCUAGAGAAAUUCAAAUCCAAAUCAUCUAGUCUUGCUAUCCCAGAACCUGUUCGUAAAGUUAUAGAUGAAGAGAUUAGCAAAUUGUCAACACUUGAACAAGCAUCAUCUGAAUUCGCAGUUACAAGAAAUUACCUCGAUUGGUUAACUUCCAUUCCAUGGGGACAACACUCAACUGAGAACUUCUCAUUGCCACACGCAACGAAGGUUCUAGAUGAGGAUCACUAUGGUUUGAAAGAUGUUAAAGACCGUAUUUUAGAAUUCCUCGCAGUUGGCAAAUUAAGAGGUUCAGUUGAGGGUAAAAUUAUCUGUUUGGUUGGUCCACCUGGUGUUGGUAAAACAAGUAUUGGAAAGAGUGUUGCAAGAGCGCUUGGAAGACAAUUCUUUAGAUUCAGUGUGGGUGGAUUAACAGACGUUGCCGAAAUCAAAGGUCAUAGACGUACUUACGUUGGUGCCAUGCCUGGAAAGAUCGUUCAAGCUUUGAAGAAGGUUCAAACUGAGAAUCCAUUAGUACUGAUUGAUGAAAUUGAUAAAGUUGGUAAAGGUUACAAUGGUGACCCAUCCUCUGCUUUGUUAGAGAUGUUAGAUCCAGAACAAAACAACCAAUUCCUUGACCAUUAUUUGGACGUUCCACUUGAUUUAAGCAAGGUUCUCUUCGUCUCUACGGCUAACGUUUUGGAUACUGUUCCAGCACCUUUGCUUGAUAGAAUGGAAGUUAUUGAAGUUAGUGGAUACGUAGCCGAUGAAAAGGCUGCAAUCGCUGAAAGAUAUCUCGCCCCUCAAGCUAAGGAAAGCUCUGGAUUGAAGGAUGCAGAUGUAACACUUAGCCCUGAGGCUAUUGAAACUCUCAUUCGUUCAUAUGCUAGAGAAUCUGGUGUUCGUAAUCUCAAGAAGCACAUUGAGAAGAUCUACCGUAAAGCUGCCCUUGGAAUUGUCAAGGACUUAGGUGAAGAAAGCCUUCCUGAAGAUAAAGCACAAGAUCUUGAAAAGACUACUACUAUACCUUCAGAAACUCCAAAACCUAACGAGGUUCAAGCUACAUCAUCAUCAUCAACAACAGCAACUGAACCUACAUCUUCAACAUCGUCAUCCCAACAAUCAUUACAGAAAACUUCUAAAAACAUACUAUCAAAUUUCUUCAGCUCUUCAGCUGAACCUGCUAAAGUUAGUGCAAAAUCGAAUAAUGAAAGCAAGAGUCAAUUAGAAGAUAAUAAGACGCCGGAAGUGUCAAAUAAUGAUCAGUCGCGGAGUAAAGAAAGUACACCAGAAGAAGGUGAAACGACCAGAGUUUCUUCCCAACCUAGAAAACCAUUGGAAAUUCCUUCAACUGUUAGUUUGAAGAUUACACCAGACAAUUUAUCAGAUUAUGUUGGUCCAGCAAUUUAUCAAAAGGAUAGACUUUAUUCACAACUUCCACCUGCUGGUGUAUCAACUGGUUUAGGAUACCUCGGUAAUGGUUCAGGUGCAGUUAUGCCAAUUGAAUCAAGAUUAUAUUCAGGUAAAGGUUCACUCCAAUUAACAGGUAAACUUGGUGAAGUUAUUAGAGAAUCAGCACAAAUCGCUUUAUCAUUUAUAAAAUCAAACGCCAAUCAAUUAGGUUUAGAUAAGGAUGUCUUUAAGGACAGAGAUUUACAUUUACACAUGCCUGAAGGUGCAAUUGGUAAAGAUGGUCCAAGUGCAGGAACAGCAAUUACAACAGCUUUAGUUUCUUUACUUACAGGAUUGAAAGUUGAUCCAGAUCUUGCUAUGACAGGUGAAAUUACAUUAGUUGGACAAAUCUGUGCAGUUGGUGGACUUAGAGAGAAACUUUUAGCUGCUAAACGUGCGGGUGUUAAACGUGUACUCAUACCUCAAGCAUGUAAAGCAGAUGUAGACGCUAAUGUACCACAAUCAGUUAAGGAGGGUCUCGAUUUAGUUUUCGUUGAAGAGUAUAAUGAAGUACUUAAGUAUGCAUUCGGUAGUAGUCACCAUCUCGCUAAACACUGGGAAGAUAACGGUUUGAUGGUUGACAGGAACGUACGUCACAUUCACACUAGCACACCACCUCCAUCAACUUCAAAUGAAAUUAGAGCGCGUUAAAAAGUAAUUUUUUUCUUCAUAUAGUAUAAAUUAACAAGAAAAGAAAGAUGCAUAUUUUGUUUUUCAAAUUAUUUCUCUUAUUAAAGUGUAUUAUUUAGUCUGCUGCUAUAUUUCCACCAUCUAGUGCAGCCAAACAAAGAUUCCGUGGUGUGAAUUUUACAUCAUAAGCUGGACUAUUUUUUGAGUAGAACGUUUCAAGUAGGUCACUAGUUGUACUAUCUGGACGUUCUGUGUUAGCACUAAGAAUAUCCCAACAUCUAAUUGAGCAAUCGGAGGCAGCACUAAUAAGCAUAUUAGAGUUAGCAUCAAAGUUUAAGCUAUUGAUUUGUGCAGUAUGUCCCAACAUUUUCUUUAUACGUCUUCCACUACCUAAAUCCCAAAGACUAAUUGAGAGAUCAUCUGAUGCACUAGCGAGAUAUUUUCCAUCAGGACUGAGUGCGAGAGUUGAAAGUGGUGCUUGAUGACCAAUGAAUAUUCUCACACAUGCACCUCUUUGUACAUCCCAUAAUCUUGCUGUACGAUCAGUUGAACCUGUUGCUAAGUAUAAAGAAUUUGGAUGGAAUUUAACAGUUUCAACAUCACCAAGAUGUCCUGCAAAUAUACGCAAUGCGUUUGGUCUUUCAGCAGACCACAAACGUGCAGUUCUAUCUCUAGAUCCAGUAGCGAAGUAUAUACCAUAAGGCCCCCAUUCACAAUCCCAUACUGGAUCUCUAUGACCCCUGUAUACAGCUAAAUUUGAGUAUGUUUCUAAACUCCAUAAUCUGACUGUUGCAUCUGCAGAACUACUGAUAAGAUGACGUGGUUGAACUGGUGAACCAAAGCUUGGAUCGAAUGAUAAACCAAAUACUGGAGCUGAGUGACCAACGAACUUCAAGUCUUUCGCACCUGUAUCUAAUUUCAAUCUUUUCAUUGAAGAAGGUGGCUUUUCUCUAUCAUAAUCCUCUCUCAAACCCAUAAAUGAUUCACCUUUGAGAUUCCACAAUCGAACUGUUGAAUCAGAUAAUCCACCCGCUAAGAUAGAUGAAUCUGGUGAAAAUGAUGUACAAUUUAAUUGAUCACCAACGUCUUGCAACGUGAAUGCGCAAAUUGAAGGUAAUGUUAUUUUGGCUUUCAUCGUUUCCUCAACUCCAUUGGUAUUUUUCUCCAUUUCAACACCAAGGUUUAUUCUUUUUCUGCUAUCGAAAACCUUCUCGACUUCUCUUCUUACGUCUGCAGUUCUAAAAACAGGUAAAGGUGGAAGAUCAGCCCUGGUAGGUGCAAGUAAAUUGUUACUAUCUCUUAUUUCGCCAGCGGCUGCCGCUUCUUGAUUAGUAUUAGCUUCACCACUCUGCGAUUGAGCCCCUUGUUCAGAUUGUUGCUGCGAUUGUGCUGGUUGUACUGCUGGAGUUUGUUGGUCUAUCUCCAUACCUUCUUCACGGUUUAAAUUGUCGGUUACGGCUACUUGGUGAUCUACUUCGGCUCUCAAACCAUCGUCUAAUGGUGGUAACCCGAGUUUUAACUCUCCAAUGAUAUUGUUGAAACUUUGAGCUGAUUGUGCAAUGGCCAUUCUUUGCCCUGGGACGGUAGGAUAUGUAAUUGUAAGAUCAGAAAUCAAACCGGUAGAUUCUUCG